UGCUCUAUGUUCAUGUUCUGUAAAGCUGCUUUGAGACAAUGUCUAUUGUAAAAAGCACUAUACAAAUAAACUUGAAUUGAAUUGAAUUGAAUACUAUGUAUUUUGAAUAGUACAGUAUUUGGUCUGAGACCUGGCAACCCUGUUCAUGAGGAAUGAUUCUUUUAAAAUUGUUUACGCCCACUGAUGAUGUAAUAUCGUUAGCGUUCUCUUAUCACUCAUUCGUUGGGACAAAUUAGCAUGGAGUUGAGUCAGAGAUAACGUUACAGUUGUUGAUCAUUCCCUUUGGAAUAUUCCAGAUGGUUUCACUUUGGCUGUUUGCAGGAGCUCCAUUCAGUCCUUGAAAGAGGUUAAAUGAAGAGUUUUAUGUGUUGGUUCUGGCACAUCACCGGCUUGAAAGGCAUUGCGCUGCAAGAAUACCAGAGUGGCUGAGUGACAUUUGUUUGGUUGUUUUGAGCCUGCCAUAAUCAGAUAUUGCACAGAUCCCUCAUUUUUUGGAGGCUUGUGUCACCCUGUGUAAACUUCCAAAUGUCUGCUUUCUUUCACAGAACAGAUUAUUGCCAAGAUUAGUAGCAAAUAAAUCAGACAUUGGGAGUGGCAUAGCCUAAAACGAACCGGGCAUACUAGAAGAAAAUACAGCCAACCAUGGCCAAAGGGAACAUUUAAAUACUAUUGAGGAUUUAAAAAUGUGGCCUGUAUUUCUCUGAUGAAAUGAUGCUAACUCGCUGCUUAUGUUUAUUGUUUCUCGUUUCUAAAAUUCAGAUCUUACCUAACACCAUGGCGAACGGCUCAGCGUGGAUGGACGGCGGUAAUGAGUCAUUUGUCGGUGAUUUGGAAACGUGUGCCAAAGCAAGGAGCCCAAGUCUUCGAGUAGCUCUGUACAGCUUCAUAAUCGUUGGAAUUUUCUGUACAGUGGUUGGAAACUUUUUAGUGGUGCUGGCUAUUGCUUAUUUCAAACAGCUCCGCUCUCACACAAACUCCUUUGUCAUGUCUCUGGCAGUAGCUGACUUCCUGGUGGGCUUGGUGGUCAUGCCUUACAGCAUGGUGCGAACCGUCGAAGGCUGCUGGAACUUUGGGAAGACAUUCUGUCAGCUGCAUUCCAGCCUCGAUGUUAUGCUCUGCACUGCAUCCAUCUUCCAUUUGAGUUGCAUCGCGUUUGACCGAUACUACGCUGUCUGUAACCCGCUAGUCUAUUCCUUCAAAAUGUCCCGGAGUCGUGUGAUUCUGCUAAUUGUCAUAUGCUGGGCUGUUCCACUGCUCAUCUCCUUUGGUCCCAUCCUCCUGGGGCUACACACUCUUGGUGUGGAUGUACCCUUGCCUGGGAAUGUAUGCAUCCUUCUCGUAAACCGUGUCUAUGCCAUCAUAGCAUCACUAGUGGCAUUUUACCUUCCUAUGGCCACGAUGCUUGUUGCUUACUGGAAGAUUUACAAAGCAGCCAAACGACAAGCCAUGCAGAUAAGUGCUUUAGAAGCUCAGAUGGCAACCGGUGCGGGCAAGAGCGCUAGCAAGAAGCAAAAGCACCGCAACUACUUGAGGAGGGAGAGGAAGGCAGCGAAAACCCUCGGUAUCAUUAUAGGUGUCUUCCUGCUCUUCUGGUUGCCUUUCUUCACCGUGAACAUCGUGGACCCUUUUAUUGAGUACAGAACAACCAGUGUGAUAUGGGAUGUGUUCCUCUGGUUGGGGUAUGUGAACUCAUCCCUUAAUCCUUUCCUAUACGGUUUCUUCAACAGGUCUUUCCGUAGGGCUUUCCUAAUGAUCUUGGGCUGCAGGAUAUGUCUGCCUGGAUCAGUCCCAAGCAUGGACCUCUCUCAUUCUAGGAAGGAUAUAAAUGAGCGCACAGAGAAACAAUAAGUCAGUUAUGGUUCCACCUACAGUUCGGAAGUUGCAUGUGUUCAUUUGGCAGAUUCUGUCACAUCUUAAGAAUAAAUACCUUACCAAAGGACCCGAUAGCGAGUGGCUAGGAUUUAAACCUCACUACCUCACCGCUGAACUACAAUUCUACAGACCGAUGCUGGACCCGUAUAGAUGACUUUGUGGACCGAUCAAGCUUAGGAUAGUCUCAAAGAAAGAAUCAUGCUUACGUUAAAUAUCCAUGUAUAGAUUAAUGCUUAGAAUAAAAUAUUUUGCUGAAUUGACACAUUUUAAUGAUGCAAAAUUUAUUGUAUUAGAGGAAAGGGAAUUUUUUUUCAUGUAUUUUUAUUUUAAUUAUCCUUCAUCAUCGUGAAUAUAUAAAAAUCUCUGUUUAUACAACAUUUCUUCUUUUACAUGCUAUCAUAUAUUUUGCUUUAACAAUUUCUCUGUCUUUAUUGUCUAUUUUCUCAGCAAAUCCCUUUAAUAAAUCUUUUUUUUUUUUUUUUGUAAUUUAUCUUCAGGUUUUAAAUAUUUUCCCAUGCAGUGUUUGUGUUUGCUGUUGAAGAGAUUGAGUCUAGUCUGCUUUUUUAUUUAUAAUUCAAAGCUAAUGUUAUGUACGUAUGUAUGUAUGUAUGUAUUUAUUUAUUUAUUUAUCAGAUAAUACACUUUUUGCUCUUUUACAUUAAAUGAACAACCCUUUAAGUCGCUCUGCCCUUCCAGCACAUUAUUAAAGAUGCAUAAAGAUGUAUAAAUAAAUCUGUGUACGAAUUCUGUAAGUCAAUAAUAAUGAAGAAAUCUGUGUGGAUUUAAAUAAUAAAUCAACAGUUACUCAUUUAUUUUGGUUUACUUCGGCAUAAUCCUGCCGAUCCUUAUUCUCUCCCGUACGCCUCGUCAAUUUAAUCAUCUCGCACAGCCGGCUGCUGUUAUUGCUUGAUUAAGAAUAAGUGAUUACACAAAGUCAGUGUCACAUGCAGGCUCAAAAAAAUGCACACAAGAGUGAAAAAAAAAAGUGCUGUAAAAAUAGAAAUGUGGAAUAUGGACAUGUUUGCAUUAUAUAAUUAGUCUGGAGUUUGAUGUACCGGACAGAGGACUGGCACCGAAGAGUCUAGGACGGAGGAGGAGGAGAGAGAGAUAGAAAGAGAUGAAGAGAGUGUUGUGU